CGAUUGUUUUGUGUUAUUUAUUAAUAAAUAUUUUUGAAUAUAAUUAUUUAAGAAGUAUGCAAUAAAAUAAGCUUUAAAUUAAUUAUGUUGGAAGGAUGGUAUUGUCGUUCUAUAGCUGACGAAGCUGCGGCUGCUGAAGAGGAAGAGAGGGUUCUAGAAGAAUCAAAAUUUAAGAAAGAAUACAAAUACCUUAAAAGAAAAUUUCAACAUUUAAUAUACGAGAAUGAGUCAUUUCAACAGGCUCUUCGAUUAGCCCAAAAAAGGCUUCUUCUAGUUACAAGAGAUAGAUCAUUCUUACUGGACCGAUUGCUCAUGCAUGAGAAAGUUGAGAACAGUACCUCGGAAUCUGAAGACACUGAAUCAUCUGAUGAUGGAGAAGUAGUAAAACCAGAACCAAUCAAAAAAAGAAAGGAUGCUAGUUCACAUUCAAAUAUACAUCAUGUAAAUUCUGGUAAAGUAAUUACUAUAAAGAGGAAAAGGCCUCCUGCACCAAGACCCCCAAAACACCAUAUACCUCAAACAAUGCAAUUACAAAUGCCUCCUAGUAGUAGUGCCUUAUCAGAUGGACAUAUGACACCUGAAGAAGUAGAAAGACAUUUGCAAGCUCAAAGUUUCAUGGAAUUUCUUCCAGAAAGGGCACCUCCAACAGUUCCAACAGAAAUGUUUAGCAAUGAACCAUCUCUUGACAGUGAGUCCAAUGAUCUUGGGGAAUUGGAAACGUCGCCUAGCAAUAUUGGCGAAGAACUUAGUAUUGAUAUGAUUGUAGAAUAGGAAUAUAACGUAAUAUUUUUGAAUUUAAUUUUGUGAAGUGUUUAAUUAGGUAAUUAAGUAUCCUGUUUCGUGUAAAUACAAAGUAACUAAUAUUUUUUUCUGAAUUUGUAACUUUUCUCCCAGACUUUAAAUAUUUUAUGUCAUAUUAGUAGCAGUUAGAAAGAACGUGCAUUAACAUUUUUGAGCCUGAUAACAUUUGACAUAUCUUGAGAACAGUGGCGUAGCCAGAAAUUUUUUAUGGGAGGAGUUUCUGAGUAAUAUGGGGGUGUCCAUCAACAAAGUGAAAUAUUUCAGAUAAGAUUGUUUUUAUUAAAAAUAGCAAAUUUUUUAUAAAACGAUUAAAAAAAGUAAAUAAAAACAAACAGCGAUCGGCGCCAAUACGAUGGCGGAAACGGUGACGCGAAGGCACUCUAUGGGGGGUUCUGACCCCCCAACCCUCCCUGCCUCCGUGGCUACGCCACUGCUUGAGAAUAUAAUCUAUCCGAAUGACAUGAUAUUCCAAUUAGGCAUUCCGACGAGCUAUCAAACAAUAGCUACCAGUGGGAAAGAUCGUAUAUCUAAGAGGGUUGCGACAUAG